CGCGUGAGGCAUCUCAGAGAGAGAGAGAAGAGAGCCGAGUUGCUUGUUGACCUCCGGCGACGUGGAGAGAGAGAGAGGGCGUUUGGGUUGGACAGGAGGAAAUGAAACGGUGGUCGAGGCACAGGGAAAUGAAAUGGUGCAAAAAAGACAUUUUGCGUGUCGGCAAAAACGAAUGGGGCCUCUUUUCUCGGGAACUAACUAACUUUAUCACACUUGAAAGUCUGCCUCUUUAGGGUUUCAUUGAUCAGGAAUCGGAUGCUCUUUGGCGUAGAUAAAGCUUCCCAAUCCCAUCAGCCUUCAGUCCUCCUCGAUUCCACCGUUUUUCCUGCCUUCAGUUGUUUUGCCCUUUGCCGUCUCUGCCGUUCAUUGAUCGCUAUGAUUUCAAUGUCCUUUUGGAACUGACGUCAAAGCAUGUCUCUGUCUUCAACAAAUUGGGAAACAUCAUUCUUGAAGCGUCUUUGGGAUACUGUAGGGACCUACCUUUUUGUAUUCCAGUUCUCAAGAUCUUCUACCUUUUCAGAAAUCUUUGGCUACACAGCUUGCAGACAGCUGUCCCAAAUGUUAUUUGCAGUAAUUUUCUUCCACGGGUCUGAAUACGCUCUAGCAGUGAUCAUCCAUGGUAGAUCAAAUGUACGUCUUAGUUCUCUUUUAAUUAGCACAAACUAUCUCCUCGCACUGAUUGGUGCACUGCUGGAGUAUGUCGCCGAAAUCUACUAUUUUCCUGGGAUGAAAAAACACUGGUGGAUUAGCAACUUGGGUCUUGUAAUGGUGGUAAUUGGGGAAAUCAUACGGAAGAUGGCUAUUGUAACAGCUGGUCAGGCCUUCACUCAUUUAAUUAAGAUUUACCAUGAGGAGCGCCACAAAUUGGUCACUCAUGGAAUCUAUAGAUUUGUUCGACAUCCGGCAUACUGUGGUUUCUUCAUUUGGUCAGUAGGCACUCAGAUAAUGCUCUGCAAUCCAAUUUCAACAGCUGCUUUCGCCAUUGUGGUUUGGAGUUUCUUUGCAAGACGGAUACCAUAUGAAGAGUACUUCUUGAGGCAGUUUUUCGGGGCAGAUUAUGAUGAAUAUGCUCGAUCAGUACCUUCUGGUGUUCCGUUUGUGAAGUGAGAAUCAAUCAUCAUCAUCAUGCUCUAUCAAGAAAUUGUUUUUGCUGUUCGGAAAUACUCUAGAACCAUUUCGAGCUGGACUGGACUGGACGAUUCUUCUAUGCUCUUUCUUCGUAUGCCCGAAUGCCGCUUCCCUUUUAUUCCGCUUUAUUAUUAUUAUUGUCGGUGAUGAAAUAUUUGAGAUCGUUUCUUUUCGUGUUCUUGGCUUAGUGAUCUCAUGUGAAAAUUGAACUUCUUGUGAUUCGUAAUUUGGUUAUUAUAAAGCUCUUAGAUUCACUGCCA